CAGUAAGGUGUUCACGAGACAAGAGGGUGUGUGUUCAGUUCCUCUCUCUCUCUCUCUCUCCCGAUUCCAAGAUGGCCGCCAAGUCUUUCUACGAUCUCUCAGCGAAGAACGUUGAAGGCGAGAUGGUGUCGUUCAAGAAGUACCAGGGCAAGGUGGUGCUGGUGCAGAACACGGCGUCGCUCUGAGGGACGACCACCAGGGACUUCCACCAGAUGAACCAACUCAAGGAAGAGUUCGGCGACAAGCUGGAAGUCCUGGCCUUCCCCUGCAACCAGUUCGGGCACCAGGAAAAUACAACAGAAGCGGAAAUGUUGGUAAGCCUGCGUCACGUCCGGCCUGGAAAUUGCUUCGAACCUAAGAUGGAGAUUUUUUCAAAAGUCGAAGUUAACGGUUCUAACUGCCAUCCCGUCUUCCAGUACCUGAAGGAGACGCUGCCGAUUCCCUUCGACGACCCGGAGAGCUUCAUGAGCGACCCGAAGUUUAUCCUGUGGAGUCCCGUCUGCAGGAGUGACGUGGCCUGGAAUUUUGAGAAGUUUCUGGUCGGGAGAGACGGGAGGCCCUUCAGGAGAUACAGCAGAAGGUUCGAGACGAAGACAAUCUCCGAGGACAUCGCGAAGCUCCUGCUGUGGCCGAAAACCCCGGUCCCCGUCAACAGCAGCGCCUUCCGUGACCUGCCCUAACGAGAGGUCAAAGGGCAGAGAAUCAACAGGAAUAAGAGCGAGAGGAGGAGGACUGUUUUCAUCCCUUUCCCAAGUCUUUUUCACCUUUUUCUUUCUUCCUUUUCUUUCUCUUUCUUUCUGUAUUUUUUUUCUCUUUAUUAAUUAAUUUAUUUUUCUUUCUAUUUCUGUCUGUCUGUCUCUCUAUGUCUCCCUCUGUCUGUCUGUCUCUCUCUCUCUCUCUCUCUCUCUCUCUCUCUCUCUCUCUCUCUCUCUCUCUCUCUCUCUCUCUCUCUCUCUCUCUCUCUCUCUCUCUCUCUCUCCCUCCCUUCCUCCCUUCCUUCCUCCCUCCCUCCCUCCCUCCCUUCCUCUUUCUCCCUCUCCCCCAACCCCCUCCUCUCUUCAGGAUAUUAAGUCUUACAUAAACACGUUUCCCACGAGCAUAUAAAAAACCGUAACGAAGAGGUUUCCAUCGAGAAAAAACAAACAAAAAAACAACAACAACAUUAACAACAACGACAACAACAAACAUCCGGGCAUUAUCAUGGGUUGCAAGAGGUCGGUAAUCAAAAAGAAGAAGAAAAAAAAGAUGGAAGAUGACCUUAGGUAAAAAGAGAGAGAGAGAGAGAAUAAAAAAAACAAGGAUGACCUGGGAAGCGAAAUGAAGGGAGGUCAUGAAACACAAUUCAGUGAUGACCUUCUGGAUGACGAAAAGAAAAAAAAAGAAGAAAAAAUCCCAAAUUAUCUUUCUUUUUUUUCUUUCUGUCUCUCUUUCUCUUGCCUGUUGUCCUCUCCCGUAUCUAGACAAAGUUAUUUAAAAGGGAAAUAAAUAUCUACCACACACACCCGUACCGUAAGAGAAAGUGUGGGCCCGGAAUCAGCCUACGUUUUUGGGCUUUCAAAGGAUCCAAGUAAUUUAUUUUAUUUAUAUAUAUAUAUAUCAUUUAUUUUUUAUCAUUAUUACUUUAUUUUGAUGUGUGAUUACUUUAUUUUGAUGGUUAGAAAGAUGCGUGCCUGAAUUCACUUUUUUUUCUUUUUUAAUCGAGAACAAAUGCAUUUAACCGUCCGUUGUUUAAAUAUAUUUGACAAACUGAGACGCAUAGAUGUAAUAAAUAAAUAAAACACAACUCUGACAAUUCC